CUAAUCUACUACAGAGUGAACAGUUAGUGUAUAGUGUAGGACUGGGAUGUACAGUAUACUUAUUGUAAAGGUAACAGUGUCUGUAAGUCAUGGCAGAAGUGCUGGGCUGUAAACGGAAGAGAGACUCUGAGUCCAUGUGUGAUGUGGUGUGUAAGAAGUUGAAGGUGAAUGGUGAACACGGAGAACUCCAGAGACUACAGGAUGAGGAUGUGCCCCGUCUCUCUCGUCCUGAUGAUCAGCUCUGUGACUGGAUCAGUGUGAGGGACGUGUCUGAGUUACUGCAGUACGUCACACUGAGGAAACACCAUAACGUGAAGAAACCCAGUUGGUGUCGUCUCCAUCAGGAGGACAGGGUGGAGAAGGUACAUGUGGCCGUGCUUGAAGGCGUAGCUCAGCUCCACUUCUACACAAACUAUUCUCAGUUUAAACAUCUCCGCUCCAAGUACACUACUAGAUGUACCCUAGUGCCCUCCUCAGGGGACCUACUCUCUGAACUGUUCAACUCUGACCUCUCUGUUCCUGACAGCUCAGCUGUGUCUGGUUCUGCUCUGCACACAGCUCCACCUACAGCUAAUGUGAAUUAUCACCCAGUAGUUCAGCGCUAUGGUAUGAAGAAGAAAGUGAUGAGCAGCUACCUGCUGACUGAGCAAGAAAGGAUUAAGAAGAAAUUUCCUGUGAAAGGUGGGCAGGGCUUUGAGUCGUUCGUCUGCACGCAGGCUGAUGAUCAUGUGACUGACAGCAGCCCUCUGUAUGGUCUGGACUGUGAGAUGUGUAUCACACAGGAAGGCCUAGAGCUGACCCGUGUUGCCAUGGUGAACAGCAGGGGGGAGUGUGUGUUAGACGAGCUGGUGAAACCAUAUAACACCAUCAUCAACUACUGCACCAAAUUCUCAGGGAUCACUCGCUCCAUGUUGAAGAACGUUACAACGAGACUUCAUGACGUCCAGAUGAAAAUUGUGGCUCUGCUACCAGGAAACGCAGUGGUGGUAGGCCACUCCCUCGACAACGACCUACGUGCCCUCAGACUGAUCCACCCACAUUUGAUUGACACAUCACUGCUCUACCUCAAAGAAUUUGGACAGAGAUUCAAGCUGAAGCUUUUAGCCAAAGUCAUUCUGAAGAGAGACAUUCAGAGUGAAGAGAGGAGAGGUCAUGACCCAUGUGAGGAUGCACAUGCUGCUCUGGACCUUGCUCAGUAUUUUAUCACCAAGGGACCAAGACAGGUUGUUGAAUGUCAUCUUCAGGAUCUUUGGGGUUUUGAGUUUUUUCCUGUAAAUGAAGCACUGAAUGGAUCCAUACACACACACACCACAAGUUCUCUUGUUUUUGGACACGCCCUUAACAAGGCUGGCUUACCAGCUUUAUUUCUUGGACAGUCAGAAGCACCGAGCCACGUUUCCUUCAGUCAUCUGUGGCGCAGACAUUACUGUAACACAAAUAAGGAGAGUGUGUGUGUGUUUCGGCGUGUGUGUCAGUCAUAUGCUCUCAGUUUGGUACAGUUCUCAUCACAUUCCGAAGAUCUGAGGAAAAAUCCAACAGGAGAAACACACAGACUGCAGCAGAUGGCAUUGAGGUUAAAGCUGAUGUGUGUGUUGUUUGUGGGACCGUUACCACACAAUUAUACAGAGAAGAAGAUACACACACUGCUGAAGCCCUACAGUGAACUGCGCUCAGUCAGACUACUGCAAAGUACACACAUGCUGUAUGCAGUAGUUGAGUUCCAGCAUUUAGAAGGAGCUGAACUCGCUCUGCAGAGUCUCACUAAUCUCCAAGUAGAAGGCACCAUGAUAAAGCUGCAGCGCCCAGUUAACGAGCUGACUCUGGAUCUGGAAGCAUCUCUUGCUGACCUACAGAAUGACAUCCAGAACAAUCACAUAAUCUACGUAGGGGGGUUGUCAUGGCAACGCCGUCACCAGCUCCUACAGGCUUUCAGCUCAUAUGGACCUUUUUGUGACCUCACGCCCGCCAGUGGUUCUGGGACAUGUCAAAGACACACACGCAUGAAGUUCCUCAGUUCUGACAGUGCAUGCGCUGCCCUCGACUCCAUGGUGCAGAUGGGAAACAGGAAGCUAAACAUGUGUCGCGCUAUCACACCUGCACACAUGCACACCUGGACGCACACAAACCCUGUUACCGUGGAAACGAACGUAGAGUCUGCAGGUUUGGAGGAGUGGAAAGCGAGUGAGGUGACGGAGCGUGCAGGAGUCACCUGUGCACAGGACGGAGGGAUGCAGCGUGUGAUGCGGAGAUUGGACAGAAACCUGGGGAAAAUGUACAGGGCGCUGGAGAGAGACACACUUAGCAUUGUCAUCCUCCCCGGGUUUAUACGCGAUGGAGUGGAAUAUCACGGCCUCUGUUUCGUUCAGGUGAAGCAGGUCAAAGGUCACUGAACCUCACCGCAGGGUCGCUACAUGAUACAUCUGACUCAUUAUAAACGUGUUCAAAUUAAACAUUACUACAGAAUUUGGUAAACACACACAGCGGAUAGACUUCAGAAUGAACGGUAGUUUUUUUAUGACAUUUCUAAUGUGUGUGUGAGUGAAAAUUCUUAAUGAUGACUUGUUUAUUUUGUCUGAGACAUCAGACAUUAAAAAGUGAGAAACCA